AUGGCUUCCAGUGAACUCCCAAUUACCAUUGAAGUCAUGGCUUUGAAUGACGAUGAGGUCUUUCAGUACCUGGACGCCCACCCGGACAUCCUACACCGGUACUUGACAGAGCGAGCUGGGCUUGCCGAGUCAUUACUGAGAACGCAUGGGCAGACACAAGCUCAUGACAACGUGGCUACCGCCGUCCAAGAUGACGGCGAUGUUCCUGUUGAACACAACUCGGCUCCCAUUGAACAAAGUCCAGACACUGUUGACUCGGUGUCAGACUUACUCGCACUUUCUGGACUUAGUGACAACGAGACCCCGGUUGACAUGGACGAAGCAGACAAUGAUGUCGACGGUGGUCAACGGGAAGCAGACUACGGCAUGGAUGAAGACGGGAACCUACAUGGUGAUGAGGUUGAUGAUUGGGCCGGUCCCGAUGUCAACUCCGGCCAUGCUAGCGAGGAAGACCUCGGCGAUGACGAGAUCUCCGAGGUUUAUGAAUCUCAAGACGACCUCGAUUACAAUGAACUCGACUCCAGCCAGGGAGGCACUGCCUCCAAUCGACACUCCUCUUCUCCACCACCACCUGGCUUACCGUCGACCGCCUUGAAUCCGACAUCGAGCUUUGGCGAGCGCCAACCAACGGUCCCUAAUGACACGACGUCCAUCCCAUAUCCGGCACCUCGAAAUCUUGUUACCGCCUCCAUGUCCCAACAGAAGGGCAAGAAAUGGCGGCUCUUUGAGGAGGAGUCGUGCAUUCGCCACAUGCUCAACAUACGAGACGAGGGCGUAGUGCAGGGAGAAGAUCGUUUCCGCGAAGCGCAGAGACGCAUGGCUAGCGUCGACGGUAUUCACAAAGAUGCCAAAUACGCUGUCAAGAACUUUUGGAAUCGCGUGGGACGUGCUCGCUCAGGAUUCGAUGAACGAAAAAACCAAAAGGCACCUUUGGCGACUUCUCAGCAGGGCAAAACAGCCAGAGCCUCCUCUUCAUGUUCAAACUCUACCCCGCGCAAGCGAAAGAAUGGUCCCAAGACCAGAAAGACCAAGCGCAAGUACGAGAGUGAUUCAGAAGACAGCGGAUCAAUCCCAUCUGACCCUGACGACUCGUGCAAACCAACUCCGAAGAGGAGAAACAGAGAUGAGGACAGCGACGAUGACUGGCAGCCAGACCAAAAUACUCAUCUGAAUGCAAUCGCUGUCUGA